ACUCACGUGUGGACUGUUAUUUCUUUGCUUCUAAGCUUCCCACUACAAUGAAGACAUCUACAGGUGAAACUCGAGGAAUUCAAAUAUAGUGCAAAAUGUGGCCACAAUCUUCCGUAACACCUCAGCAGCGCUACAGCUGAUAGCAUCCACGCCACGCUGCAUCGAGGCAGUAAUUCAUGCAAAAGGGGCCCAAACCAAGUACAGAGUGCGUAUGCAUGGUUAUACUUAUUCUAAUUUUCCGAGUAUCACCUGCUGCUUCAUUUCCAUAGCGCAUGCUCUGUGCCGUUUCUCAUGGUUACGUUUCCUCGGUCAUUCCAAACUCGAACAAAGGAAGGCCGGGCACAUCCCGAUGCGUUUGAUAAUCGGGAUACUGUUGACUCGUGAGGAGGAGACUGAGUGGCUUGCACUGACAAUGGCAGAUAUAUGGCGCCAGCUGCCGGGGGGCGGCUCACUCGAGUUAUCAGCGGUUUUUGGCCCGGAGUCUGACGCCACGGGAGGCUGGCCGGAUCAAUGAGCUGCAAUGAUUGUCUCAGUCCAAAUAUUAGCCGUUUUGUGGAUGUCUUUGAUGUCUUUAAGGCUGUUUGCUCCACUUUAUCUAAAUUACAGCCGUUAGAAAGUUGGCAGACGGGGGCGCGCGCCAGGAAAUCGAGCCGGCGGCUGGUUUCGGGGAGCGAGCAGAUAAACGCCGUCGUCCGGCUCCCAGGUGCGAGUCGCCGUUUCCAGCGACGGUUAAUGAACUCGCGUGACGAUAAAAUGUCGCGAGGCCCUGCGCGCGUGCAGCUGGGCCCCGCUGUGACUAAAGCAGAAGUCUCCGGUUAUUGUUUAACAUCCAAUCACUUAGUGAGCCGUUACAUACACGAGCGUUUAUUGCUAUCUCAUCCCACAGUGGAUUUCACAGGAAAACUCCAAACAUUCAAAUCAGGAGUUAAUCCCACUUGAUUGAGCUGCACCGUUGGGGCCGUGGAUCGCAGUCGGCCUCUAUUACACUGUUAAGAUAAGGCUGCGGCCCGUUUGACUACACAAAGGUGUGUGGGUAUAAAAGCAGCGCUGCGUGCUGUCUGUGCUCUGUUCACGUGGGUUUUACAUCUGACAUUCAACAUUUGUUCAACAUUUUUAAAAACAAUGUUGCCAAAGAAAUGUUAUUCACACAACUGCAUCAUCGCGCUCUUUGCCUAACUGUCUCACUUCAGCGUGGUGCCAAACCACGGGGAAUGUCUUUUUGCAUAAAGCAAUGAUGCCGAUCUCUGGCUGGGAGAACCUAAACAGUUUGGACAGCUACCCUCGUGGGCCAAUCCGCUGACUUGUGGCAUGAUACUUCCUGGAGCAAAACCAGUGAGAACUAUCAUUUCAAAUCACACUUAUCUUUGAAAGCCCGGCUCUAAUGCAAAAUCUCCUCAAAGUUACCAUUAAAUCAUCUGAGACUGCUAACAGACAAGGUCACGAAAACGCUGUACGCUCCUCCUGUGUAACAGUGCAUGUGCUCUUAUAUUUCAUUUAUGUGAAAACGUAUUUCUUAUUGUGCCGAGUUACACAUAUCACUGUGCUAAUACAUAUAUGACACAGCAGUAUGCAGAUACUGCAACAAUAAACGGAUGUUCACUCAUUAUUCGGGCAUGAUCCAGUAAUAUGAUUUUGCAUGCAAGUUUUGAUUGAGGUGCUUUGGGUAAAUGCAAACAGUUUUGAGCUGAGUAGGAGUGUGACUUUUACUCAAACAUUAUGGGCGGUGUACACUCUUAGGAGUGUGACCGUGAGGAGGCUGAAGUGUGAGCGGGCCCGUAUUUGCAUUUUAAGACCCAGCUACUCUCAGCGCCGGCUCUCUUCCAUUACAUUCGUCUGUUUUCUGAUUACCUGUUUGCGUCGCGUCGAUUCUUCUGAAACACAAUUAUCUCCCCUCUCCUGUCAUCCGACCACUGUGGAGUUCGUUAAGAACUGCGUGCAAGCCAAUCAGAAACGGCCGCCGGCCACCUGCAGGAAGUUGGCCGUCCACUUAUCUCCUCCCUCCUUCGGCUGCAGACAGAUAACAGCAGCAACAGUUGAACAGAGUGGCAGCUCCUCAGCAACCUGAUGGACACUAAAACAGUGUAACGGUCUCCCGAGCAGCUCGGAAACAGGCUCUGGUCGUUGUGUUUCGGGACUGGCUGAGCAGAGGUUAGCGCGGCUCAUAAAAAGUUGCUGUGAUAGAAAGAGGAAGGCUGCGGGACUAAAGACGCGAAGCUCUCCCCUAGUUUGGAUCCAGUGCGCAGUAGCGGUGAUCGGCAUCAUGAGCGUCCCGCUUUACGCACCGACCCCAAUUCAGCCGGCACACCCGACCCCCUUCUACAUCGAGGACAUUCUGGGGAGGACCUCCACCACCACCUCCACAUCUCCGUCCUAUUCUUCAUCGCCAACGUCUUCAUCUUCCUGCUCCACUCCGGUCAUCCCCACGCCGACUCUCCCGUCUCCCAACUCGUCCUUCAAAAGUUUGAUCUCGCCGUACAGAACCCCGAUUUAUGAACCCACGCCGAUCCACCCCGCGCUGUCCCACCACGCUGCGCUGACGGCGACGUACGCCUCGGCGGGGGCUUUCACCGGCUCCUUUUACCCGUUUCACCAGCAACACCACCGCUCCAUGGGGGAGUACGCACAGGCGCUGCUCAGGCACGACCCUCUCGGGAAGCCUCUGCUGUGGACGCCGUUCAUCCAGCGGCCCUUACAUAAGAGAAAAGGCGGCCAGGUGCGCUUCUCCAACGACCAGACCAUCGAGCUGGAGAAGAAGUUUGAGACGCAGAAGUACCUGUCUCCUCCGGAGAGGAAACGCCUGGCCAAGAUGCUGCAGCUCAGCGAGAGACAGGUUAAAACCUGGUUCCAAAAUCGACGUGCGAAGUGGCGAAGACUAAAACAGGAGAAUCCUAAGAGGGAGGUGGAGGAUAACAGUUCCAGAGGUAAGAAAGGAGAUGAAAUGAUAGAGGCUGCCGGAAUCCAGAACCAGGAGCAGAGGCAGCCAGGCUCGGCCCCCGAGUUGGCGCAAGCGGGACACUGUGUGUCCUCACAGCAGGCCCACACAGAGCUGAACUCUGACGUGUCAGACGACACAGACCAGGAACUGGACAUAGAGGACGACGAGGACUUCACACUAAACCCCCAGUUCUGAAACACAGGCUCCAUAAAGAUCUGCCUCGGACACUGAAGCUCUCAUGCGUCGCUGUAACUCCUUCCUCCUCCUCCUCCUCCUCCUCCUCCUCCUCCAGCCUGGUGACUUGCAGAUUGAUAGACUGGUUCCGGAUGUAAUACUAAGACAAGUCAGCCCCUCAAACCCGAGUGCCUUUCAUCAGAACUGUCUUCUUUGUUGAACCUGUGUACAUAUGCGUAAUGUUCUGUAAGUGUGUGUGUGUGUGUGUGUGUGUGUGAGAGAGAGAGAGAGAGAGAGAGAGAGAGAUGUUCUUCAGAUGAAUAGUAUGCCUGUAGAUCAGUUUCUCUGUACUGUAGCAUAUACGUGUUUUUAUAGCGUGUUUUUUAGUUCUUUUGUUUUGUUUUGCGGGUGUGUGUCGGCGUGUGUUUUUUAUGUGACAUUUUAUUAAAUAAUCAAUGUAGCGCAAAUUCAGUUUUGUUUGAUGUCUAAUAAACUAUUUUCUGACAAUCAAUCCAAACGUUUGGAUGCAGCUCAGCUGGUCUGUGAACUCUUUUCUCUGCUGUCUGAAAAUGAAACGUUGUAAAUGAAGCAUUUCUCCCACAUCCAGCAACGCGUGAAAGAUCCGCCAAGAAGCAGGAAGAAUUAUAAUCAGUCCAAAUAAUCACAGAAAACCCAAAACAACAAGAACCGACGCGCUCUGGUCAGGUUCAAACUCACUCAUUAUUCGGACGUUUAACAGAAGUACAUUUAACAAAGAAUCAGUGCGAGUAAAAGUGCGACACGUCGUGUCUAAACGCUGAGCUGUAGUGCAGAAUGAUAGAACAAACUUCAUACACACGUCAUAUUGUGUCUGUUACACAUUAAGCCUGAAAUAUAUUUUGCACAUGUUUAUAUCCAACGCGGUAGUUUUUUGUGUACCUGCAGAUCUGAGACUUUUCUCCUUUUGUUUGUUUAUUUUCACAUUUUCGUUUCUGAUUGGUUAAAGGUUUAUCUCAUAAAAUAGCAGCAGCCACAUUACAGGACAUUACGAUGUGUUAGAUGUGUGGCUGUGCUGGUUAUAGCCUCUAAUUCUUUUACUACAGUGUGGAAAUCAGUGGCGUUUAAAACAGAAGAGAAGCAGACUGUAGAUGAAUGUACCAACACAACACGAUAAAUAUAAAAAUAGCGCAUUUCAAAUCUUGAAUAAAAGGAGCCGCCUUCAGUAAUAUUUUAUUAAUAUUGGUUUAAUGUUGCUGUUACAUUCAUGGAAAAUCAGAAUUUAAAUUUUGAAUGUGUUAUUAUAUGUAAAAUGCAUCCAGACGUGUGGCUUUAUAAAACAUUUAGCGUCAGGGACAAAAACACUGAAGAACAGCUGAGCUAAAAAGGAAGAGCUGCAAACUUGUGGAGGAUCAUCAGAGUGUGUAAUCACUCAGUGAUAAUGAAUGAUAACUGCCUUUACUAUCAGUAGUGAAUGUGAGGAGGUACAUUAGGACUCCCUGUGCUGCAUUAAGCUGAAUUACAGUCACACUGCUCUGUGUGAUUUUCAAAAUAGAGAGCUAGAGAAAAUAAACAAAAUCUGCAAAAACCCUGAAACCAUCGUUCAUUUAAAGAAACAGAAAACAAAUGUGAAAGUUUAAAACUAUCAGGCCUGUGUUUAACACUUUGUGGGCCUCUGGGGAGAUCUGGGACCAGUUGUUGGAUUUUAUAGAAGAUUCUAGAUUAGUCAUAGUUUUUAUUUCAUGAUGUGUAAACUGUGUCAGCACUUUCAGCUGAGAUUUGUGAGGCGGCGCCAACAAAGCAGCUUUUAAUUAGAAUUUUUAAAGCAAAUACAAAUGUUUGAUUUGGAAGCUAAAAAGCGAUUCGCUGCUCUUCAUUCUGCCGUUUCCAGUUUCAGAAUCUCUGAGGAAUCAAAAGCAGCCAAAGAUUGUCAAACAGUUUAGUCCUUGUCAAUUGUUGUCCCAUCACCACAUUCAACUUCAAAUAGCUUAUCGUCAAACUCAUGCAAACAGCAUGAGUGGGACUUUUUCAGUGAGUAGAUUAGGUUAAUGAUUGAGUGAACCCUCAGAAGCGCGGGGACAGCAGAGAGAUAGCAGCAAGGCUGGAUUGAUAGUCUUACAAUACGUUCACAGUACUAGUUCAUAUAAUAGAUUACUUAACACCAAUCGGGAAUUGAAAUGAAAACGUGUUCUGGGAAAUGUAACUUUUUUCUUAACCCUGUGCGAUAUUUGGAGGGAGAGGUCAUUGCUCUUGUAGCCAUACUCGAGCUGCAUUACCAUCGCUGAGGUUCAACGGCCUCACCGUACAAGACUAUACUCAAACCCAGAGCACACUGAUUGAUCUCAGCUCCUGUAUUGUGUAAUGGUUCACAAAUUGUGCAGGUAAAGUCAACAUUUGGACAAAUAGCACAAACAGUUGGUGGGUGAAAUGUUCAGAAGAUAGCUGACUGAUU